GUGGAUGGUGCGUAUUACAGUUAUAAUUAAUAACACUGAAUAAUGCUCUGGUUUGAGUCACAUUUUAAGCGCUUAACGAUAUUUCAUCCAAAAAAAUAAAUCCUAUAUAAGAUUUAAUCAAACAUGGUAAUCAGUCUGCUUAAUAUUGUGAGUAAAAUGCAACAUACUUCGUUUGGAUCAUCAGAAUUCUAUCGCUUCCAUCACCACUAAUAAUUCUCUCCGAUGUGAUGGAUGGAGGCACGCUUGUGUAGCUCACAGGCUGCUCAGGGUCCCAAGAAAACGAGGGAAACAUACGCACUCCCAAUUGGAUAAAUCAUGUAAAUUAGGUGCCUAAGAUCGCCGCCCAGAAAUCACCGGAGAGAGCAGACGAGAGGUUUGGAGAGCGCAAGGAAGAAAGCUGCAGCAUCAGGCACGGGGAACGCAUCAACGUUGAUUUCGUGAGCCGAUGACAUCACAAUACGACUGCCGCUCCAUCGUACCAGUGCUAGCUCGUUUCUCUCUCUAUACCUUUCGAGACAAUCUUUUGUCCUUUACCCGAAAUCGGACAUCAAACUCUGCCAAUUACAUUGCCUCAUUGUCAUAUUUCCAUCUCUUUUCUUGUUAUAUGUGUGCAUUCUACCGUUAUUAACUCUUUCAAAAGAGGAUUUCAUCUUGUUAUCGCCAUCCUCCUUCUCCUUAUUUUUUGGCCAUCUAAGGAGCAAAUCAUCUCGCCUCAUCAUCUUCAUCAUCUUACAUUUUUUACCCAAAUCGAAUCAUCAUGCGUGAAUGUAUCUCAGUCCACGUCGGCCAAGCCGGAGUCCAGAUCGGUAAUGCCUGCUGGGAGCUGUACUGCCUCGAGCACGGGAUCCAACCUGAUGGCAAUAUGCCCAGCGACAGCACACUUGGAGGUGGUGACGACUCCUUCAACACCUUCUUCAGUGAGACUGGAGCUGGCAAGCACGUUCCCCGUGCCGUAUUCGUCGAUCUCGAGCCAACCGUAGUCGAUGAAGUCCGCACCGGCGUAUACCGUCAGCUCUUCCACCCUGAGCAGCUGAUCACCGGCAAGGAGGAUGCUGCCAACAACUACGCCCGUGGCCACUACACCGUCGGAAAGGAGCUGGUUGACCAAGUCUUGGACAAGAUCAGGAAGCUGGCGGAUCAAUGCACAGGCCUUCAAGGAUUCCUGGUAUUCCACAGCUUCGGUGGUGGAACUGGCUCUGGAUUCACCUCUCUGCUGAUGGAGCGUCUCUCCGUUGAUUACGGAAAGAAGUCCAAGCUUGAGUUCUCCAUCUACCCUGCUCCUCAGGUUUCCACUGCCGUCGUCGAGCCCUACAACUCCAUCCUGACAACCCACACCACCCUUGAACAUUCCGAUUGUGCUUUCAUGGUCGACAAUGAGGCUAUCUAUGAUAUCUGUCGUCGCAACCUCGACAUCGAACGCCCCACCUACACUAACCUUAACAGGUUGAUUAGUCAGAUCGUUUCCUCUAUCACCGCUUCUCUGCGAUUCGACGGCGCCCUCAACGUUGACCUUACUGAGUUCCAAACCAACUUGGUGCCCUACCCACGUAUUCAUUUCCCUCUUGCCACAUACGCACCAGUCAUCUCUGCUGAGAAGGCCUACCACGAACAACUGACGGUUGCUGAAAUCACUAACUCCUGCUUCGAGCCCGCCAACCAGAUGGUGAAGUGUGAUCCCCGUCAUGGCAAAUACAUGGCUUGUUGUCUUCUAUUCCGUGGCGAUGUCGUCCCUAAAGAUGUUAAUGCUGCAAUUGCCACUAUCAAGACCAAACGCUCCAUACAGUUCGUCGACUGGUGUCCGACUGGCUUCAAGGUCGGUAUCAACUAUCAGCCACCCACCGUCGUCCCUGGUGGUGACCUUGCCAAGGUUCAGCGUGCCGUCUGCAUGUUGAGCAACACCACCGCCAUCGCCGAGGCCUGGGCCCGUCUCGACCACAAGUUCGAUCUUAUGUACGCUAAGCGUGCGUUCGUCCAUUGGUACGUCGGAGAGGGUAUGGAGGAAGGAGAGUUCGCCGAAGCUCGUGAAGAUCUGGCUGCUCUCGAGAAAGACUACGAGGAAGUCGGAGUCGAUUCCAAUGAUGGCGAAGAGGAAGAAGCUGAAAUCGAAGAGUAUUAAAAAGUAUAAUCUAUGUUGCAUUCUUGAAUCAUAUUUCCUCUUGCCGAUAUGUAUCAUUGCUUCAGAAUAUGUGUUCUUUGUGGCAGCAUUGUCAUUGCCUGUUAUUUGCUCGGAUCCCCAUUGUAUUUUGCCAUUCAGCUCCAGGUCAAAUGAACAAUGAUGAUUCAGUAGUAGGGCAAAUGAUAAUGAUGUUGUUAGUCGUCUCAUAACUAAAAAUUGAAAGAUAUUUUUCAAAACCCCUAGAGAUUCAAGACUACGAUCAAGAAUAUACAUUUAGAACCACCAUCAAUGAAUAGAUCCUGGCCCCAGGUCUUACACAGAGUUGCGAUUGAUUCGAUCAACCGCAACCGCGUUAAACCAUGAAGCUUAUAAUCAGUAAAACCACAAAAUGUAUGUCUUGACAAAUUAGCGUGCUCCUCCUCGUUUUCAAAGGGAUGACAUUGAUCGACUUCCAGAGCUGGGACUGAUUGGAUAAAUCACAACUUCUUGUGAGACGGGGCCUAGGAAUAUUCGAACAGUCGAAAGGUGAAACAAGGAUUCAAGGCGAGUUGUGGUCUGUCUAAAAGCCAUGAUUCUAGGUCAGGCCUGAGUCAAGGCCCACCUAGGACCCGUUUCAUAUAACCUGUUAUACUAACAAAUUUGCAUUAAAAGUUUAAAAACUACUGAUAUCCUUUAAUCUGAUUGGCUGAUAGUAGGUUUGUUAUAGAAACUUGUCUUUGUGAAACGGGACCCAGAUUGAUAAGACAUGCAUGAAUUGAGGGGUUAUAAAAAAAAGACAAGCCAAGGGCCACCUAUCAAUCGUUGAGUUGUGUCAGUACCUUGCAAUAAGUUAACAUUCAAAACAUAAUUAUUCAUGGAGUGCAAUUUAUGUACAUUACCUACAUUUUAUGACCAGAUGACGAAGUAAAUGCUAUGUCCGGUGAUUGUGUUUUUGUAUAUCGAAAAUCUACAGGGUUCGGUUCUUUUAUGCUAAGGUCGUUCUGGACAAGAAUGCUUGUAAUUCCAUGCUGCUUCGCUUUAAUGAAAAUUACAUGUUUUUAUAAGCUUUGUGAAACUUAAAUAGGAAAUACUAUCAUGAAUGACGCAAAUGCGCUUGUACAUGAAAAUGCAUAAUAUGAGUUCGAUUUCAACAACGAAAUUAGUAUGACGUAAAAAAGAAUUAACAUUGCGCUGACACGCUGAAGCUUUCCAACUUGCAGUUCAAAAAAGAAAAACACACGAAUGUAUGAACGUACUUUUAACGUAUAAUCCAGAAUUUGAAUAUCAAUCUUCAUCUGUAUAACUAUAUGUUUAUAGUGAAUGUCUCUAUCGUGACGUCUAACGCAAUUUUCGGUAGGAAAGAAAAAACUUCGAGUUGAUAUAUUUUUUUGUAACUCGAUGUCGUAUUGCCAUAUUUAAAAAAAACGUAGUUCUUCCUUAUUCAAUGAUGAAAUAUAAGGGGCGAAAAAACAAAUGAAAAUAAAAUUGGAAAUGAAAAAAAAAAUGUUUCGGCUGGUAUGCUUCCCUAACUGCUCCAUGCAAUGACAAUGACAAAGUAAAAGCUUCGAUCAAAAUAAUCAGUAUUACAUUUAUUGCAAAGAAUUAUCUCGACAGCUUCCCAUUUUUCAACGUCACGUUGACCAGUGCUAAAUUUAUUUUGUAGUUCUGUUACCAUGGUUAUUGUGAUAGAUUUUAAUGUGUAUUGAAUGUUGCAUGUUUUGCAUAUUGUUAUUUAUGUUUUUGUCGAGAUGUAUGAAUUAUGGUUCCAUUCUGAAAGAUCAUGUGCACAGGCAGCAUUUGCUAAUAAACCCAUUAUAUGCGAAUUUAUUUAAGGAA